AACUCUGAGUCCCAUAAAUGGCAAACGCCAUUACUCGCCCAGGCCGAGGUUCCCUAAAAUAACCUCUCAUAACCAUAAACAUGAAGGACAUUUUCAGGGCCUUCUCUUUUCCUCCUCUUCCUUCUUCUCUCUCUCUCUUCUUUUCCCGAACCUAAUUUCCCCUUUUUCUUUUCCUUUUAGUAAUCAUAGAGACAGAGAGAAGGAAAAAAAAAAACAUAAAAAAGGUAUCUUUUUUUUACUUUUCUCUCCCUCCCAAGCAUCAUCCAUGGAGAGGAACUGUCUACGCACUGCCUGUCGUACGAGUUUAACAACAAUGAACACCACCAUCAGCGGCGGAGGAGCACCAGCAGCAGCAGGAGGAGGAGGAGGAGGAGGACCCAACGGGGCAGGGAAAAGCCAGAGAAACAAGGUGUGCAGGGCGGCGGCGGCGGCAGAGGAGGAUUUCAUAAAUGGGAUUUCAUGGCCACCAAGAAGUUACACGUGCAACUUCUGCAAAAGGGAAUUCAGAUCGGCUCAAGCACUUGGCGGCCACAUGAAUGUCCAUCGUAGAGAUAGAGCCUUACUCUACUCUCCCCCUGCUGAUCAUACCCACUUCACAAAUCUCAACCUUAACCUUCACCAUAACCCUUUCCCUAAUCGCCCCUUCAAAGCCUUGGAGAUUGCCAAACCUAAUAGGAACAAGCCCCACAAAUUCAUUGGUUUGGACAUUGAAAUCAACACUACCAAUAACACUGCCACCCUAAUUACUGAAUCCAAGAAGAAGGACAUUGAUUUGGAGCUCCGAUUAGGGUACUCAACUUAGAGAUGACAUGAAGUUGUGGUGUGGGAACAUGUUCUUCAAAUUUUUCUCCUACGUUGUGUUGAAAUUAGAAUAUAUUCAGCUUCUCCAUCUCCCAAUAUCCACAUUAUUGUUUGCUUCUUUCACUCUUUCAAUGUCUUUAUUGGUUCAUCUUUUUGUGUCUGAUUUGAAGGAUUCCAUUUCUUUUCUGAAUCAACUUGUCUGUACCUCCUUCAUUUAGUGAGACUCUCAUUAAAAUCUCACAAUAUAUAAUAUUAUGCAAUGUGUAAUCUCCUCUUCCC